AAUGCACUAAACUUAGGCCAGAUAAGCUCUCGAGAUUGUAACCGGACUACCCUACCGGCCAAUGACGUAGGUGCCAAGUCUGGCUAACAGAUGUCCCAGCUGUUUUAUGUCUGACAGGGGCCCACUACGCUGCGUAGAUCCUUGGUUUUCACCGCCGCGCUUAACGGAUGCUAGCACUGUUGAGGGUCCAUUCGGUGAGGCCGAGGGCGAGAAAAAAGUGCAAUUGUACGCCGCACCGUUGACCACGGCCUUAUCUCACAGCAUCGAAGUUCUACUUCGUAGCAAAGACCACCGAGCAGAUAAGAGCACCGAUUGGAAGCUGGGAACCUCGCAUAGCUUGGUGAUCACUUGAGCAGCAUUGCUUGUCUUCAUCCCUGGUUAUCUCUGACCGACAAUUCGGGAUCCCGGCACGUCGAUUCAUACGUCGCUUCACCCGCUCAUUCGAUCAAUCAAUCUCACUCAUCCCACCCCCGAAGUUCAAAAUGGCCGCCCACCAGGGACAAGAGGACCGCCACACGUUCUACGCAGGGAAACCGCAGCCAUCCUCAGACUCACCCGGCCAAUUUAGCUCUACCGACCCGUCAACGGCCAAACCUGUGUGCACCAUCCACACCUCGUCCCCCGCCUCCAUCACCGCCGCCAUCCAGUCCGCCCAGGAUGCCUUCCCCUCGUGGUCUUCCACCCCGCCCCUAGACCGCGCGCGCAUCCUCCAGCGCGCCGUCUCCCUCCUACGCGCCCGUAACGAUGAGCUAGCCCGCAUCGAGACCCUCGACACGGGGAAGCCCUUCUCCGAGACCUCCGCCGUCGACAUUGUCACCGGCGCCGACGUCCUCGAGUACUUCGCCAAUCUCAUCGCCGGCGGGGGGCUCAACGGGGAAUCCAUUCGGCUCCGUCCUUCGGCUUGGGUCUACACCGCUAAGGAACCCCUGGGAGUGUGUGCCGGCAUUGGCGCCUGGAAUUAUCCCAUUCAGAUUGCGCUGUGGAAGUCGGCGCCUUGUUUGGCCGCGGGGAACUGCAUGGUGUACAAGCCGAGCGAGUUUACGCCGUUGCAUGCGCAGUACCUGGCUGCUAUUUACAAGGAAGCCGGCGUCCCUGAUGGCGUGUUCAACGUUGUGUACGGUGCUGGAGAUGUCGGCGCGCAAUUAACCAGCCAUCCGGCCAUCGCCAAGGUCAGUUUCACGGGGCAGGUGAGCACGGGGGAAAAGGUCGCGGGCUCGGCUGCCGGUGGCAUGAAGUACGUCACUAUGGAGCUGGGCGGGAAGAGCCCGCUGGUCGUGCUCCCCGAUGCGGAUGUUAACCAGGCUGCGGACGGGGCGCUGCUGGCCAAUUUUUAUAGUUCGGGGCAGGUGUGCACCAACGGUACCCGGGUAUUCGUACCAAAAACCAUGAAGCAGGAAUUUGAGCAAACCGUGUUGGAAAAGAUACGGUUUGUCCGCGCAGGCGACCUGUUUGAUAUGAACACCAACUUUGGACCCCUGAACAGCAAGGUACACUACGACAAGGUUGUGGGCAUGGUAAAGCAGGGAAUUGAGAAGGACAAGGCCACACUACUGUGUGGUGGAACAGCACAACCCCGUGGCCUGCCCGGUGGGCUUAAAGACGGGUACUGGAUCGAGCCGACGGUAUUCACUGACUGCACGGACGACAUGACAAUUGUCAAGGAGGAAAUUUUCGGGCCCGUCAUGUCAAUCCUCACAUAUGAUACCGUCGACGAGGUCGUACGGAGGGCAAACAACACGGAGCACGGUCUUGCCGCUGGCGUGUUUGGCAGGGACGUCAAUGAAUGCCACACUGUCAUUUCGAAAUUGCAGGCUGGCAUUACAUGGAUCAACACUUGGGGCGAGUCUCCCGCCGAGAUGGCGGUUGGUGGGUGGAAGCAGAGUGGUGUCGGGGUUGAGAAUGGCAAGAGGGGAUUGGAGGCCUGGGUAAGGAAUAAGAGCACGUUGGUGGAAAUGGGCGGGGAGGUGCCGACGGUGUUUUCGAAGUUGUAAAAUUAUCUGGCAGCCCAGAAAAUCCUGUCAAAUAUCUCGACCACGCAGGUAUAGAGACCACCACCUUGUCUGUAUGUCUAAGUAUUUGACGCACAAUGCGAUACCGCUUCCUGUACACUUGAUGGGCUGGCGCCCGAAAUCCCACCCUUGUCAAUAUCACAAUUUGCGUUCGCACAAUUCAUUCC